UUCCCCCUGUUCGGUUCCUGCGGGCCGGCUCGGAGCUAGGCUGGGGUUGCGGGGACUGUCUGCUCACGUAAGGGGUCCCGGUUCGGGAAGUUCCGGAGGUGGAACCUUAGCGGUCCUCUGCGGGGGAAAGUGUCUGCCGCGGCCGCGAGGUGGUCUCAGUCCUUAACCUAGGGGCGCACCAGGCGAGAUGCCCUGGCCCGGCCUUCUUCGUGGCCUCGACACGUCCCUAAAUCGUGGCCUGGCCCUACUUCCCCAUCUCUGGGCCACCCGCUUCAUGGCUACCCUGAACCAGAUGCACCGCCUCGGUCCCCGAAAGCAACCACCUCGUCGUCUGGGCCCCACUGAGGGCCGGCCACAGAUAAAGGGCGUGGUGUUGCGCACAUUCAUUCGCAAACCAAAAAAACCCAACUCUGCCAACCGGAAAUGCUGCCGUGUGCGCCUUAGCACUGGCCAAGAGGCGGUCUGCUUCAUCCCUGGUGAAGGCCACACACUACAAGAGCACCACGUGGUUCUUGUAGAGGGUGGUCGAACGCAGGACCUGCCUGGGGUCAAGCUUAAGGUUGUGCGGGGCAAGUAUGACUGUGGUCAUGUGCAAAAGAAGAAGUGACCAUUGAGAACAGUUACUUGGCACCUCAGAAGCCAGCUCUUCUUGCUCCAGGAUUAGCCAGUCCUGGGUUCAAAUCCCAUUUAUCAUCAUGACCACCAUUAAUCCACAGGGGUUCUGCUAGUGAGUUGGAAAGAGGCACCCCUCUGCCAACACUUUUGCCUUCUGUGUUGGUUGGCAGAAGGGAUCUCUUACGGGACAUGACAGCUGGACAGUGAUUGUAAUAAACAGAUCCUCAAGUUCUGGUGUGAUUCCCAUUGUUCAGUAACCCCCCCCCCCACAAAUGCCACCCUCUUUGGGCUUUGGUUAACUCUUCCAGAAAUAGUUGGUGGAGUGACCUCUUUUGCUGAAGAUUAAACUACAUAUCCUGUGUGCAUAUUGCACAUGCAA